AUGGAGGCAUCUCCUUUGACCCAGCAGGCGCGUCCUGAGAUAUUCCAGCCCAAAGUCGUCCAGCUAUACGAGGCGCUAUUCAAGGUUCGGCAGUUCUGGAUGCUCAAUUCCAAGCAAUGUCAUGCUGACUUUCAAUCCCUCCGACAGGAUGAUGUAGACACCGAAGAAGACAAGCCCGAGGGCUUCUGGCGCGAGUUUUUCCUCCUGAACACCGAUCGAGCUGCAUUACAACGGAUAUUGGAAGGCUUUGGACCCGACGAUAUCAUCAGCCUCCAACCGCAGACGAGACAGUUGUUCACAAGGAGUGUCGCAUGCCUAAAAGGGGGAGGGGAGGGUCCCAGCUUACAUGCUCUCGAGACUCUGACGACCUUCUUCUCUGUUGUGUUGCCCAAAAAGUAUACCAACCCGAGCUCGGAUGUCAUUGCUGUGUUGGCAGGCUUGGAUCAAGUUGAUACUGUGUUUACCGACUUUGUAGGGGCUCUGGAUAAUAUCAUACGGAAUGGCCAGACAUUGGAACUUCGCCAAAGCGCGGUCGAGGUGGUCUUGGCCAUCACCUCAGGGGCCUACCAAACCGGUCUCCUGACUUACUUCAUCCAAAGGGACAUGUUCCCUGCUAUCAUGAAGUUCAUCCAGGACUCUGAUAUGCCAAGCCGAAUCUUACAACCGUUCAUACUCCUGGGCCUGUUGGCGAAUUACAACAAGUUUGAGUUCCAGAACCCGUACCAGCUACGCCUCAACGACUUUGUUAACGAAGCAGCAAUUCAAAAGAUUAUCAGAUGCGUUGGCCAGACAUGUCGGAACUUACGACUGCAGUACAUUGACAUCCAAGAAGACUUACCUGAAGGCUGGUCCAUCACAACCACCCUCAGCAUGAUAGGACUGGGUUCCAUCGCUCCUGGGACUAAGCCAAACCCGAAGAAGCCCGUAUAUGACCCAGAGGUCGCAAAGCAGAUGUUUGCGAAGCUCCCUGGUGAACAUGCUGCCGUAUUGCUGGGCACUUAUGACUUUACUCAUGCCAAUAAGCUCUUCUGCUUCAACCUGGUCACACUUGGUGCUGAAAAGGGCGAGGAACAACCGGUGUCGGCUUUCUUAUCUCUUACCUCUUAUCUUCUCCAACAUGCGUUCCUGUCAGCCCGAGCAACGAAUUACGCUCAUCUCAGCCUCAUGGUAUUCAGACUUCUCAUUGAAGACCAACUGAUCUGCAAGCGUAUCUGCAGCGAAGAAAGCAAGGUUGCUGUCCGCCUCUGUCGGCAACGACAACCUUAUCUUCCUGUAAUUCGUGGGGAGCGUAUUCUCGCCACCAGCGUCCUCGAUACCAUGGUUGAUGGUAUUAACCACAAUCUGCGCCGCCGGCUAGACGUAAGCCUUUAUACUCUGUGUGUUGGCAUCAUGCUCCGCAUCAUCUCAUACCUUUCGCGAUCGCGUACACGUAUGCAAUAUCACUGGUCCGAGCUCUUCCGCUCCCUCCUAGCCCUUAUCCGCUUCCUAACCACCUACGCCUCCGACCUCAAAAGUCUCACCCGCAUUGAGACUCUUCUGGACCUCGUUGUCAACUUGUUGGCACUCUCCCUCUCAGCUGGCGAAGCAUUCCUGCCCACGCCCGCUGCCUACGAUGACCUCUUCUACAAGACAGUCGAAAGCGGGGACGUCUUGAUCAAGUUCCGUGACACGUAUGGGCUGACAAACCGGCCAUCCAAUUCCAUCGGCACGCUUGUCAGUGUGAGCACACACUACAAGUCGAUGCUCGAAUCGGGCGGGUCGAAGCGAAACCUCACAAGUACUGAGGUCACCGAUGUCAUUAAGCAGGGCUACGAAACCUUGAGCAUUCAGGCCAAGGAGGGUCUAGACGGGUGGGAGAGGUACCGCGAGGCAGAUGAGAGGACAUUACUGAAGAAAAUGGCGAGGGCAACAGUGGGUGAUGUCAAGCUUAUGGUCGAGUCGUAG